CACUCAAUACAGUAGUAGUAAAGUGUGCAUAUAUGACGAGCACAACACUAUUCUAUAUAUGUAGAUUUUGAUUUUUCUCAUUUUCCACAUCAACGCCCUUCGUAACAAUCACCUAUUCAGCGAUUCAUUUUCUAUAUUUUUUACACACGGCUUUCGCUUCAUACAAGUUUAGAGUUAUUUUGUCAUAAAAUCCUAUGUCGUAUGUGAAACGUACAUGUUGAAUGAAAAUCUCCUUGAGUGAAGCAUAAAUUCAAAGUGUUAAAGUGGGCAGUAAUACGGAAUUUUCCACCGCUAGCAGUCCUGUAUUUAUAGUGAAUAUAGAGCGAUAGUAACUCAACGGAAUUUGAAGACGAAGAUUAUUUAUAUACAGAUACUUCAACCACAAUGGAUCCAGAUCGACAUGCAUGGUCAAAAGGGAAUUCAAGUGAUUUGCCUUUGGACAUGAAGUUUAAUGACGGACAUCGAUUGUCAAUUGUUGUUUACAGUGUUUUAAUGGUAUUAUCAUCAAUUGGAAAUAUGACAGUUCUGGUACUCUUGCUGAAACGUCGAAAAAAACGACCCUCUAGAAUUGACACAAUGCUAACACAUUUGGCUAUAGCAGACCUGCUUGUAACGUUUAUUAUGAUGCCACUCGAAAUAGGAUGGGCUAUAACUGUUUCAUGGAAAGCUGGAGAUUUUAUGUGUCGUCUAAUGUCGUUUUUGAGAACAUUUGGAUUAUAUCUUUCUUCGUUUGUUCUUGUUUGCAUAUCAGUUGAUAGAUAUUUUGCAGUUAUCAAGCCAAUGAAGUUGGCAGGUGUGGAUAGACGUGGAAAAAUCAUGCUAUGCGCAGCCUGGAUUAGUUCAUCAAUAUGCAGUUUGCCUCAGGCCAUUAUCUUUCAUGUCGAAUCACAUCCGAAUGUUACGCAUUAUAAGCAGUGUGUUACAUACAAUUUCUUCGAUGAUAAAUUUCACGAAGUAAUUUAUUCAUUUUUGGGGAUGAUAUUUAUGUACGCGUUGCCUUUGAUUAUUAUCAUUUUCUGCUAUGCUUCAAUUUAUAUUGAGUUGUAUAAAAAAAGCAGAAAGUGUGUAACAGAUCGCGAUAGAUUUCGACGGUCCAACGAUGAUGUUUUAGGUCGAGCAAAACGUAAAACCCUUCGAAUGACAAUUACAAUUGUGAUCGUUUUUAUUGUUUCAUGGACACCAUUUUAUGUAAUGUCAGUUUGGUACUGGUUUGAUCGGGAAUCGGCACUAAAAGUUGAUCAAAAAAUACAAAGGGGAUUAUUUUUAUUUGCAUGCACAAAUUCUUGUAUGAAUCCCAUAGUGUACGGUUUCUUUAACAUUCCAAGGCGCUCUGAUAAAAAUGAAUUGCGGAACUCAAAUGUCCAUGCUUCAAUGUCAAAGCACAACGAUUCCAUAGAUUUUAGUCGACGAAAUAGCAUAGCGAAUAGCGUAAGAAAUACCGUGCGGAAAUCUGUGUGUGUGAAUUGUGGCGAAUCAAUUGAACUUCCUAAUUUGAGAGUGCAUAAAACGUUGUACCAUUAGUGUGAUUAAGGAUAUGCUGUGAAAUUCAAGUUUUACACAUGAUAUUUUAUUCAAUAAAGUGUCACAAUUUUGUGUGAAUAUUAUCAAAUUAA